AUGCCACCUCCCAGCUCGGCUGCCGCAUCGCCGUCUCUACCAAACAUGAGCGCCGACCAAGGCUCUGCGUCCCCGGCGGUCUCUGGCGUCCGCAAGCGAGGGAAGAGGGGCAAGUAUUCGAGAUGGAAGAACGAGGAAGAGAGGCUAUUCCGACUCAGGACCCAAUACCCUACUAUGACGUGGAAGGAGUUUCAUCGGCGAUUCUACAGUCAUUACACACCCAGCCCGGGAGUCAUAUCGUCAAAAUACAAUCAUUUGUUGAAAGCCGGCUUUACGCUGCCCGAGACGGUGUUUCCUCCAAGGGAUUACACUCCUACUCCCAGCGGGAAUUCCAUCUAUAGCGACGAUGAUGCUGCUACGCACAUUUCCUUUGAAGCGGGCAGCCCCAGCGGCCACAGACUAGACUAUUUUGAGAGACACUCAGCCAGUGAAUUAAGACUACGGGACCAGAACCAGGCAUCUCUACCACUAAGGAAUCACAGCAGGCCGAGGUCUGAGGACAGCGAUAGCGACUUUUCCGACUCAGGCCACAGAAAUGGCGACAAGUCGAGUAGUAAUAGACAGCCCCGAAAACCUCGGGGUGGCGGAGCAUUUGCUAGCGUCAACGGCGGGUCGGGGUCAUCCCAUGCAGAGAGACUGCAGGCCGAGAAGAAGCUAAGAGACGUGGAAGAGACCGCCAGAGAGGUCAGGGCCGCCUGGGAAGAAGUCCGGGAAGCAAUCCGCGACGUCAUGUUUGUCGAGCAAUGGGACAGAGGCGGAAUGGGACCCAAAACGUCCGCGCUGGAGACCUCCAUCGACCGGCUCAUCGAGAAAUCAGCGACCAGCAAGCCUGCAUCUUCUACACAUUCUUAA